AUGAUGCAGCAGGACGAGUCAAACUCGCCAGUCUCCCCCGCCGACGACAGCUUGAGCAACAGCGAAGAGGAGCCGGACCGCCAGCAGCUGCCCAGCGCCAAGAGGGGGGGCCGCAAGCGCCGCUCCAGCCGGCGCAGCGCCGGGGGCGCCGUCGGGGCCGCGGACGAGCCCUGCAGCCCGGCGCAAGGCAAGCGGGGCAAGAAGUGCGGGGCGGGCGUGGGAGGUGGCGGCGGCGGCGGCAGCAGCAGCGGCGGCGGCAGCCCGCAGUCCUACGAGGAGCUGCAGACCCAGCGGGUCAUGGCCAACGUGCGGGAGAGGCAGCGCACGCAGUCCCUGAACGAAGCUUUCGCCGCGCUGCGGAAGAUCAUCCCCACGCUGCCCUCGGACAAGCUGAGCAAGAUCCAGACCCUCAAACUGGCGGCCAGGUACAUCGACUUCCUCUACCAGGUCUUACAGAGCGACGAGCUGGACUCCAAGAUGGCAAGCUGCAGCUAUGUGGCCCACGAGCGGCUCAGCUACGCCUUCUCGGUGUGGAGAAUGGAGGGCGCCUGGUCCAUGUCCGCAUCCCACUAGCAGGCGGCUUUCUCCCCCACGCAUCCCCCCGGCAGGAGCCCUAGAUUACAUUGUUCCCACAGAAGGAGAAAAUGGACAAUCUAGAGACUCUGAAGUUGGAUACCGUGUUGUGUUGUUGUUCUUGUCUUAAAAAAAAAAAAAAAAGUGCCAAGAAUUUCUUGGAAAUUAAAAGAGCAGCAUCCAAAGUGAAAGCAGGGCGUGGGGAGCAUUUAAGGAAAGUGAAAGAGCCGAGGGCUUGGACAGUGCCUAUCCGGUGGGCGUCGGUACAAUCCACACAUCUCUGCAUUCUGAUAGAAGUCUGAAGAGUUCCAAUUUUUUUUUUUUUUUAAUUUUGACGAAGAAUGUUGGAAUCCGUCUUUUCUUUUUUUAAAUUUGCCUGGUUUUAGGUGUUUUUUUUUUGUUGUUGGUUUUUUUU